GUAGCUGAUACUAUCGCCCUGGGGACACUAUAAAAGCUCAAAAAAGAUACACGCCUAUAGUUGAUGACUUCAUGCGCUGGAAUAUCUGCUCAAAGACUUCCCUAUUGCUGGCGUUUCACGUCGCGACCGCGUUCGCACUGCAUGAACAGUUCGACGAGGACUUGCACCUUCGGCCACUGCGCGAUGGGAAGCUCUUAUCGCGCUUCUCGUUUACAACUCUGCUGAAGGGCGCGACUCCCAGGGAUCCACAACUGUUAUCUGUUGACGACGAAGCGCAGCACUACACCCUAUUCCCCCUUGCACUCGGUCAAGUACUUCGCGAGCACGCGGUAACAGAGCUUCACUUAAGUCUCAAUGCUGGAAGGUGGAACUACGAAGCUUGGGGAUAUCCGGACGAGCCGGGGGUUGGUACAGGUGCGGAGUUGUGGGCUUGGAUGGGGGAUAGUACUCAGACCUCCGUUGAUCAGCGAUGGCAGGGUUUGCGCAACGCGCUUGCCGGCCUCUUCUGCGCGUCCCUCGGGCAUCUGGAUGAACAACGUACAACCUCGCCUUCCCUCACCUUCCAACCCGAAGGAUCUCUCCCUAACUUCACAUAUCCUCAUCGACUCCGGCAUGCGACCCUCCCAUCAGAACACGUCUGCACAGAGAACCUGACACCGUUCUUGAAGCUCCUACCCUGCAAGUCACUCUCCGGCAUCGCUAGCCUGCUCAACCCCCAUCGCAUGUUUGAUGCUGAUUGGCAUGGACUCGGGGUGCACGUGCGCUAUCGUGAGGACGCGGGUGUGGAAGUACGCCUGACUUUCCAAGCUGUUUUCGACCCUGUCCGCUCGUCCAACGACAGGCGUCGAGACUGGUCGCUUCGCUCGACAUUUGACCGCAGUAUCGAGAGGGCAUGCCCCGUUGCUCACUCCAGCAAGGUCCGGGUGGAGCUCCCUCACGGACCAUCCCCGUACUCGAUCACGCCAGAGCCGACCGGCAUUAGUGAUAGCGUCGCGACAUAUGCUGUUGACGCUAGCGAUGAAGCGCUCGACGUCGCCUUACGGUGGCCCACCGAAGGCAGUUUCGAAUAUCCAAAUACGUCUAAGGUACCUCCUCUCACAGAUGUCUCUGUGCGUCGAACCCUGAAGGGCACGAGCCAAGCCGAGGCCCAGCUUACAUUAGUGAUCACGAACAAUUUACCUGUGCAAGUCAGCACUGGCUAUCUCGAGACUAUGCCGUGGCAUCUCCAGUUCUACCUUCAUACACUCAAGGCGUCCGUCAAUGGCGCAGCACGUGAUGACCUCGUGUCCAUCCUGUCUUACAUGCCUCCGGUCCCUCAUUCCCGACCAGCGCUCCUACAGGCCGUCCUGACGCUGCCGCCCAGCAGCACGUUGCACCUCACGAUGGACGUUUUGAAACCCUUCUUGCGAUACACCGAACACCAGCCUGAUGCUCAACGAGGCUGGGAUCUACCUCCGGCGGUACUAGUACCCUUCGCUUUUGGCGAGACUGCCAGCCAGAACCACACUGUCUCUCAGCCUGCAGGGACAAUUCAGGGUUCGCUUGUCCGGCCUCGACGGAUCUAUACCUCAAUUUUGCUAGUCGACCUAGCCACUCCGGACUUCAGCAUGCCAUACAACGUCAUAAUCCUGAGCUGCACGCUGAUUGCGCUCCUCUUCGGGAGCGUCUUCAACUGCCUCACGCGCAAAAUCGCCAUCGCCAGGGUCGGUCCAACGCCUACAUCUGCAGCCAGACAGGAAGAUCACACGCCUGCGCCGGAGCCUCAGGCACAGUGACCGCGACUCCUUCGAUACCGCCGUCCCUGCUCUACGUACUUUUGUCCACGUAAAUCGCGCUGGUGUCUGUACGGCCGGACGCCCUGA